UGCAGUAUAUAUGCAGUGAGAGCGAGUGAAAGAACAUUGUGUUGGAAUGUUGCCGUCUCUUGUUUCUUGGUACCACACUCAACCCACCCUUCAAAUUCACUAUAACUGCAACUUUAAACUUUAAUCCACAAAUGAUAAAUUCACGCACUGCACAAUUUUCUUGAACUUCUUUCUCCUUUGGAAACCCUAAACCUAAAAACCAAAACCGCCAUGACUGAUAGGGUUCAUCCUUCUGCCAAAACCACCGCCAAUGGCGGCCCCAAGCCAACAUUCCCAGCCGCAAAAUCCCAACUUUCCGGCGCAAAUCGCCCCACCUACCGCCCCCAACCACCCCGCCGCCGCAGCCGCGGCUGCCUCUCCACCCUAUGCUGCUACCUCUUCAUGAUCCUACUGCUCCUCCUCCUUCUCAUCUGCGGCGCCGGAACCGUCCUCUACUUCCUCUACCACCCGCAACGCCCCUCCUUCUCCGUCACCUCCCUCAAACUCUCCUACUUCAACCUCACCUCUCCCUCCACCUUCUACGCCAAGUUCGACCUCACUCUCUCAACCACCAACCCCAACGACAAGAUCCUCUUUUCCUACGACCCCACCUCCGUCUCCCUCCUUUACGACGACGCCACGAUCGCCACCGCCACCAUCCCCUCCUUCCUCCACCACCAGAAGAACACCACCGUCCUCGAGGCCUACGUCACGAGCACCGAGGAAGAGGUUCAGAGCGACACCGUAACGGAACUGAAGAGGAGCACGAAGGGCAAGAGCGAGGUGGCACUAAAGGUGAAGUUGGAGACGAAGGUGGAGGCCCAGAUGGGUGUAUUCCAAACCCCGGGCGUCGGAAUCACCGUUUUGUGCGACGGCAUCGACGUUUCUCUCCCCGACGGCGAGAAACCUGCGUCGGCGUCGGUAGAGAAUACGGCGUGCGAAGUGGAUGUGAGGUUCAAAGUCUGGAAAUGGACUGUAGGAUGAUCAGGGAACACCAGAGGCUUGCUAUAUAAAUACUAAUAUAUAUAUAUAUA